GUUAGUCCCCGGGCCCUGGGCUGCAGAGCCCUCGCCAGGCCGCGCUCCCUCUCGCAGCCCGGCGCCCCGGGGCUGAGCUGUCCUCGCGGCCGCCGGAGCGGGGCGCUGCGCCGCGUGCCGGGCCGGAAAUUCCCGCGGCCCGAGUGGAGCACCGGAGCGGGGCCGCGGCGCCGCCUUCCUCCUCAGGCCGGGCGGGGGCGGUGGGCCCAGGAAGGCCGGGGGGCGUGCGCGUCUGCGGGGAGCGGGCGGGGAGCCGGAGACCUCGGGGAGCCCCCGCGCCCCAGCUCGGAGCCCCCGCCCCCUGGCGUCUCCGCCUCCCGCGCGCACACACCCCCCGGGCGCCGAGCCCUUGGCCUGCGAGCCGCUCCUCCUCCUCGGGCUCCGCACUCGCCCUCUGUCCCGGCCCUCCUGCCGCCGGCCGGCCCCGGGCUCGGGCUCCGCUCGCACACCCUCCCGCCGGGCCGCCGCAGCCCUCGGGCCUCCCUCCGCGUCCUGCUCGCGCCGCCGUCGGGGAGAAUUGAUGUCCCUUCAGCAUCAUGCAGCCGCCGCCGAGGAAGGACGUUCAGUCAGAAGAAGGCUGCUAUUGAAAGGGAGUAUGCACAGGGUAUCCAGAAGUUGGCUAGUCAAUAUCUGAAGAGAGAUUGGCCCGGAAUAAAAACCGAUGAUCGGAAUGAUUACAGGAGCAUGUAUCCUGUUUGGAAGUCUUUUCUCGAGGGAACCAUGCAGGUAGCCCAGUCUCGGAUCAAUAUAUGUGAAAACUAUAAAAACUUCAUUUCUGAGCCUGCAAGGACAGUUCGAAGCUUGAAAGAACAGCAACUUAAAAGGUGUGUGGACCAGUUGACAAAGAUCCAAACUGAAUUACAAGAGACAGUGAAAGAUUUAGCUAAAGGCAAAAAGAAGUACUUUGAGACUGAACAGAUGGCUCAUGCUGUACGAGAGAAAGCUGACAUCGAGGCAAAAUCUAAACUUAGUCUUUUUCAAUCAAGAAUCAGUUUACAGAAGGCAAGUAUCAAGUUAAAAGCCCGGCGAUCUGAAUGUAAUUCCAAAGCUACUCAUGCGCGGAAUGAUUAUCUUCUUACACUAGCAGCAGCAAACGCACACCAGGACCGCUACUAUCAUACAGACUUAGUCAACAUUAUGAAGGCUCUUGAUGGAAAUGUGUAUGAUCACCUCAAGGAUUAUUUAAUAGCCUUCAGCCGCACCGAGCUAGAAACAUGCCAAGCUGUACAGAACACAUUCCAGUUUUUAUUAGAAACUUCCACUAAGGUGGUACGGGACUACAAUCUUCAGUUAUUUUUACAAGAGAAUGCUGUAUUUCACAAACCCCAGCCCUUCCAGUUCCAGCCUUGCGACAGUGAUACUAGUCGGCAGUUAGAAUCAGAAACUGGGACCACAGAGGAGCACAGUCUAAACAAGGAGGCCCGGAAAUGGGCCACACGGGUAGCCCGCGAGCACAAGAAUAUUGUUCACCAACAACGGGUUCUAGAUGAUCUGGAAUGUCAUGGAGCUGCAGUGCCAGAACAAAGUCGAGCAGAUUUGGAACAGAAAAUUGAUGAAGCUAGAGAAAAUAUCCGUAAGGCAGAGGUAAUUAAGUUGAAAGCCGAAGCUCGGCUGGACCUGCUAAAGCAGAUUGGCGUUUCUGUGGACACAUGGCUCAAGAGUGCAAUGAACCAGGUCAUGGAGGAACUGGACAGUGAGCGCUGGGCCCGCCUGCCUGCAGUAACCAACAAUGGCACUUCACACCCGCUGAAUGCAGAUACAGAAAGAGAAGAGGGAGAAGAGUUUGAAGACAAUAUGGAUGUAUUUGAUGAUAGCAGUUCCAGCCCUUCCGGCACCUUAAGAAAUUAUCCACUCACCUGCAAAGUUGUUUAUUCCUACAAGGCUUCUCAACCAGAUGAGUUGACCAUUGAUGAGCAUGAGGUGUUAGAAGUGAUUGAAGAUGGAGAUAUGGAAGACUGGGUAAAGGCUCGAAAUAAAGUCGGCCAAGUGGGUUAUGUGCCAGAAAAGUACCUCCAGUUCCCCACCUCGAACAGCCUGCUGAGCAUGCUGCAGUCCCUGGCUGCUCUGGACAGCCGGUCACACACAUCCAGCAACUCCACGGAGGCCGAACUCUUCUCCGGCAGCCUCAAUGGAGACGCCAGUGUCUGUUUUGUGAAAGCACUUUAUGACUAUGAGGGCCAGACAGAUGAUGAACUGUCUUUUUCUGAGGGAGCAAUCAUCCGGAUCUUGAACAAAGAAAACCAGGCUGAUGAUGGCUUCUGGGAAGGGGACUUCAACGGGCGAGUUGGGGUUUUCCCAUCAGUGCUAGUGGAAGAACUCUCAGCCUCAGAAAAUGGUGAUACUCCAUGGAUAAAAGAUAUUCAGAUCUCACCCUCUCCCAAACCCCCGGGGACCCUGCCGCCACUGCCACUCUAUGACCAGCCUCCCAGCAGCCCCUCCCCGAGCCCAGACAAGAGGAGCUCUCAGUACUUCCCGCAUUCGCCUUCAGCAAAUGAAAACAGCUUCCAUGCCGAGUCACCGGGAUUCCCUCAGGCACCACGGCAUACUUCUGACACCUCAUACGGCAAGCUUCGACCUGUCCGGGCAGCCCCGCCUCCACCUACACAGAACCACCGAAGGCCAGCAGAUAAGCUUGAGGAUGUGGAGAUCACACUGGUGUGACAGUGGACUUACCCAUCCCUUUUACCGCUACAAUCAAGGCCAGGCUUGGAGUUUGGCCCGUCUGUUUCUUAGGCACCUUUGCAUGAUGAUGACUCAACAGAGCAGAAACAGGGGUGAUGUGUAACUGGGCGGCCUGGUGGGCUCCUCCCACGUUUUGAACAUUUUGUGCCUUUAUUUUGUUGUCAUUUUCUAUGUCAUCUCUCCUACCAUAGCACAAAUCCUGGUGGGCCCUAAAAGCAGAAAAGGAGACUGCCCUCAUGCCUGACAGUGGCCCCAGUUUUCUAUAAGACUCAAGACCAGGCCUCAUUCAGGGCACAGUCGCAGAGACACUGGUCAUGUGCACCGUACAGUAUAUUACUGUGGCCACAGGACGUGGCAGGUUCUCACCUUUCUUCAAAUGGCUUUUGUUCAUCUGAUUGGAUGUAAUCAGAUCAUGUUGCUACGUAAGGACGCAGAGGCGGGAUUUCAGGAGAGGCUGGCUCCUCCCCUGGCUGGGAAAGUAAAUCCUUACUCGAAAAUCAGAGUACUGCCCCGAGUUUAGCACCAAUUGCAUUAAUGCACAUCUCUUCCACAACUAACAGAUUGAAAACAGUAACAGUGUUCUUUGUAUUAAUAUUUCUGCCGUUCAUUUAGUAUUAGUGGAGCUAACAUGGAGGGGCUGAACAUCACAUAGACUAGCAGAAAGGGGGCCAUGGCUACAGCAGAAAUGGAGCUUCCAGGUCUGGAAUGAGCCGGUGUAAAGUUCUUUUAUAUUGGGUUGUUUUGUUUUGUUUUGUUUUUUAAUCUUAAUUUUUGCAGCAUCUACUCUUCUCACCAGUAUCCUUAGAAUCUGAAUGUCUAGAUAAGGUAAGAAUACAAAUUGUACUGCUGAGCCUCUCUGCCAGGGAGGCCGCUAGCAAAAUCACCUAUCUAUCCAUCAGUGCACUGGCCCAGACUGCCAGGUCCUGGCUUGUCCCAGACCAGCACCCUCCUCUCUACCCCUGGUGAAAAAUGCAGCUUCUCGGGCCCCACCGACCUAACAUUUCUUGGGAGAAAGAACCUGUGGCUCACAGAGAAAACCAGCUUCCGGUGCAAAAGGACUUGAGGCUUGGCCACCCUGCACCAGUGCACACGGAUAAGAAGAAGGCUUGUCUCCAGUCAGACCCUCCCCACCUGACAAGCCUUUGCCAGUGGCUGAUGGGUUUUUUUUAAGAGUCAAAUUUGCAGUGUAAUUCAGAAGUUGUAUUAUGCUUUGAAAACUCCAUCCCUCCUAAGAAUCUUUGAAAACUUGAAAUGCUCGCCAAAUGUCCCGAGGGGAUUUUUGACCAAAAUUUAAAGUCAUAGCUGAAGAAACAUUCAGUUCCAUGACAGGACCCACCCACUAGUCUUCUCCAUGAUUUGGGGCUUUUUGUUUUUGUUAUUGGCAUUUCUUAAGCUGUUGAUCUAUUUGAGGUCUUUUUGUGUUUAUCAAACUUAUUCUUAAGUUUAAAAAAAUUGUAAAGUUUUUCUUUUUUUUUUUUAAGAAUUUCAGGUUUGCUGAUGUGUUGAAAACCCUCAGAGUAUCUUGCGAACCUUGCAGUGCUCACACCAGGCAGCUCUCGCCAUCCCGUCCUGUUUUCUCUCAUAAGCUGGCCAAAUUGUCCUUGGAUCUGGGUUUUUCCAUAUUCUCAGAGGGUGAUCUGAAAUCUUUUGUUAUAUUUUAAAAUAUUUUUGGAAGAGCUGCUAAUUUUAUUUAAAAAAAAAAAACAAAGUUGUAAAAAUACACCUCCUUUUUAAAAAGAACCCCUCCCUCCAGGACAUGUCACCCAGCAUCACAGUGCACAGCUCAUGGGCGCUCCGUGCAGAUGCGUUUUCUUUACAGUGGCUGUAAAAAGUUUGUAUUUAUUAUGUAUAAAAUGUUGAAUAAUAAAAAAAAAUGCAAUUACAUUUCUGGGUUACCAUAUAAGGAGGUUUGGGUAAGCCUUCCAAAUGGGGUGGAGCCUGCCCUCAAGCCAGACAACAGAUGGAGGCAGGAGUUAGGCAGUCCAUCCCAGGGGCACACAGUUCUGGCAGGCAGGGGUGCUGGGAAUUACAAAAAUAGUGAUCUUUGCUUUCAAGGUUCUUCCCCAGUCUAGAAUGAAAAAGCAGACACACACAGGUGGUUACAGGAACUAAUGCCAGCAGGCCACCGGUCAGCUCUCCGCCUGGACUCCUUUUCUCUCCAAUGCUUAUCCCACAAACACUCUCAAGUCUACCAUAGGAAGCUGUCCUCUUGCAUGAGCCCUGGCCCACAUGAUGGGUAGCCACCUUCCAGGCUUUAAAAAAAGACAGAAUGAGACAGUCCUUGAGAGCUUAUCCAGCUCUUCUGUUCCAGGAUAGUCCAGCUUUUAGACACAGAGCCAGAGUUUCACAAAAAGACCAUGACGGUCGGGCCCCUCUCUGGCUAGGCAGGAAUUAUAAUGAGAACUCAUGUUAUUGGACUCUCCACUGGGACAAAGCCAGAGCUCGUCCUCCAAGUUGUGAUCGCACCCUGGGGCGUGCGCUGCUAGUCCCUUGCUGCCUCAGUCGCUGAGGCUCUUCACUUGGGGGCCAGUUACUGCCAAGCCUUCUGCAUGAAGCCUUAUGACAAAAUCUGGCUGUUCUGCAUCUCUACAUUUAUUUUGUUCAUUGCGGAGUUGUUUUCCAUAACAAAAAUAUAACCCAACUACAGAGCUUUGGACUUAGAAGAGGAAGAAAUACAAUCUGUCCAGAACCUUACAACUUGACACAGCCAGUAUAAGUUUCCUCCUCCUUCCUCCUGUGUGUCAUCUGCCAAGAGGCCUGAGGAUGCCAAAGACUAUCUUGUUCCUGGACCACUUUCCCCCUGGCCCACCGGCCAAAACAAGCACAGGCGGUCUUCUCGCCAUGUCUAAGAGCUCAGGCCUGGGAAUGUUCCCUGGAAUGCCUUCCUGAAACAUGAGACAAGAGCCCUCAAACAGGGCUCACACCCCUUGCACACCACACUAAACUCCUUGGUGUCCUCAGUCUCCCCAUUACUCUGAGGGACAGGACAGGAGCCAGGUCAAAAGCCCUACAUCUCCUGGGCAUGGAGCUCAGUGGUGGAGUGCACACUCCACAUGAAUGAGGCCCUGGCUUGAGCCCUGGUUACAUGUGCAUACACAUGAACUCCGAAAGCCCUGUCCUUGGGCUGCCUUGUUUAAUUGUGACUGUGUUCAUCCCUUUACCUUUCUGAAGCUUUCUUUCCUCAUCUGUUAAGUGGAAAUGAGAAAACUGCUUCCUAAAAUCCAGGAAGGUCAAAUAAAAAAUGCACAGGUAAGCAGAA